GAUCGUUUCGUCUUCCAAAACUCUCUACUGUUAACUCGAUAAAUCCAAAUCCUGCGGCUUCUCUCGAGUUCUCGAUACCUCUAAAAUCUGCAACAAUGGCCCACCAUGUCGUCGAUAGAUUCGACUUAGGUAAGCCUGACGACGGCUGUAUGCGUCUGCAAUUGCAGAAUCAAGGUCUCCCUGUCGACGGCAACAUACUUUCUCAAAACCCGAUCGCAGAUCAAGGUCGCCAUGUCGACUACGAAAUGCUUUCACAAAAUCAGAUGGCAGAUGAAGGUUUCCAUUUUGACGGCAACACGCUUUCUCAAAACCCGAUCGCAGAUCAAGGUUCCCAUGCCGACUACGAUAUGCUUUCUCAAAAUCAGAUGUACGAUGGAGAGUAUGCGAUCAACGACGAUUUCGACAUGGCCGAUGCAGAAAUGAUGGAUGACAUUGUCCCAGCUGAUGACAGACUUUCUUCUCACGAAGGAAAUAGGGCAUACGAAUCUGACAACGACAUCGAAAUGUCAGACAUAGGUAUGAUGGAUGAUGACAUCUCUGCCGAUAACGCUAUUUCUCCUCAAGGAGAAGAUGGAGAGAAUAGAGUCGGCGGAGAUGCCGAUGGCAACGCGAUCAAUGCUGCUCCCGCUCCUAAUGACUACAUGUCACAGUAUCGCAUUAUGUUUUUGGUAAGUCAGAAUAUGCAAAGCCCCUUGAUCAUGUAUACGUCUGUGUCGUUACUAACUUCCAACGAAAUAAUAGGCUUUUAACCCUCCUCCCGCUGUCCCAAUCGACCCAAGCCAAAGAAAUCUGUUGCGUAUCGUUCCUAUCGAGAUCAGACACAUGAUCUACGAAUACUAUUUACCGAAACCAAGAACAGUAAACUUCGAUCUGAUCAACUCA